AUGGCCGAGGGCGGCGGGGGCGCGCGGAGGAGGGCGCCGGCGCUGCUCGAGGCGGCCCGCGCGCGCUACGAGAGCCUGCACAUCUCGGACGACGUGUUCGGCGAGUCGGGCCCGGACAGCAGCGGGAACCCCUUCUACAGCACGUCGGCCGCCUCGCGCUCCUCCUCGGCCGGAUCCUCGGACGACGAAGCCGAGCGCCCCGGCCCCGCGCGGGGCCCCGGCGCCCCCGCCGCCGCCGCGCAGGAGUCGGAGGAGGACGAGGCUGGCGCGGGCUGGAGCGCCACGCUGCGGGACCGCCCGGCCCCGCGCUUCGAGGGCACCGGCGGUCCCAUCCGGAAGAUGCCGCCCAGUGCCAGUGCCGUGGACUUCUUCCAGCUUUUCGUCCCUGACAACGUCCUCAAGAACAUGGUGGUGCAGACCAACCUGUACGCCAAGAAGUUCCAGGAGCGGUUCGGGAGCGACGGGGCCUGGGUGGACGUGACGCUGCCGGAGAUGAAGGCGUUCCUGGGCUACGUGAUCUCCACCAGCACCUCCCACUGCGAGUCCGUCCUCAGCAUCUGGAGUGGCGGCUUCUACAGCAACCGCAGCCUUGCCUUGGUCAUGAGCCAGGCCCGCUUCGAGAAGAUCCUCAAGUACUUCCACGUCGUGGCCUUCCGCUCCAGCCAGACCACACACGGCCUCUACAAGGUCCAGCCCUUCCUGGACUCCCUGCAGAAUGGCUUCGACGCCGCCUUCAGGCCUUCCCAAACCCAGGUGCUACACGAACCCCUGAUUGAUGAGGACCCUGUGUUCAUUGCCACGUGCACAGAGCGGGAGCUGCGGAAGAGGAAAAAGCGGAAAUUCAGCCUCUGGGUCCGGCAGUGCUCUUCCACUGGCUUCAUCGUCCAGAUUUACGUCCACCUGAAGGAAGGCGGGGGCCCUGAUGGGCUGGACGCGCUGAAGAACAAGCCACAGCUGCACAGCAUGGUGGCCAGGAGCCUGUGCCGGACCGCGGCCGGGAGGAACUACAUCAUCUUCACGGGGCCCAGCAUCACCAGCCUGACCCUGUUUGAGGAGUUUGAAAAGCAAGGGAUCUACUGCUGCGGGCUGCUCAGCCCCAGGAAGAGUGACUGCACCGGCCUGCCGCCCUCCAUGCUGAACAGCCCGGCCUUGCCGCCCGCCCGGGGCCAGCACAGCAUCCGAACGAAGGGGAGCAUGUCCCUGAUCUGCUGGUACAACAAGGGGCACUUCCGCUUCCUGACCAACGCCUACUCGCCCGUGCAGCAAGGAGUGAUCAUCAAGAGGAGGAGUGGGGAGAUCCCCUGCCCCCUGGCCGUGGAGGCCUUCGCCGCCCACCUCAGCUACAUCUGCAAGUACGAUGACAAGUACAGCAAGUAUUUCAUUUCUCAUAAACCAAACAAGACCUGGCAACAGGUGUUCUGGUUUGCCAUAAGCAUUGCCAUCAAUAACGCCUACAUCCUGUACAAGAUGUCGGAGGCCUACCACGUGAAGAGGUACAGCCGGGCCCAGUUCGGGGAGAGACUCGUGCGAGAGCUGCUGGGCCUGGAGGACACUUCUCCGAGCCUCUGAUGCCGGGGGCGCGGCCCAGGUUAGGUAAGAACCAGGUCCAGGGAGGGGAGGGGGAGCCUGAUGUCCGACCCACCGGCCAGAGACCCGGAGACGCCCUGCGUGGGGCUGCGGCCCGGGAGGGGUGCUCGGGGCCUCUGGAGGGACCAGGACGGACCUGGUCAGAGGAUGGCACCAUCCCGCUUUCCACGCAAAGAAGAGCACGGCCUCCCUCCGGAGAGCGGCCACCGCCUCGGAGCAAGCACCCGGCAGGUGUGGCCCUGAACCAGACCCUCCGUGCCGCCAGCGAGGGGCCAUAGAGGGCACCCUCAAGACCCCCCGGAGGCCGCGGGAGAGCCCGCUUAGCACAGGGGACCUGGGAGGGCUGCUGCCACCAGGGGCGCCAGGGAUGGGAUGAGAUGAGCCGGAGCGUGCUCUGCUUGGUGAAGAUGGAGAGACAUCCGUGACGUGGUCCGCGUCUCGCCGUGCCUGCAAGUGGCGGGAAGCGAGCCGGGUGGGCUCUGCGCAGCUGGGACCGCUCAGGUGUGUGCGGGAGCCCGGAGGGUUUUCCAGCGUUUGCCUUGCGCAGGCAGCUUAGAACGGGGCUCGUAGAAGAAGAAACACAACCCGGCGCCAUUAAAAGGCAGCGACGGCGUGGGGAGCGGGGCCCUCUGAUACGUCCACGCGGCCUUCCUGCCCAUCCCUGCGUGGCUGGUGGACACGGAGAAAGGGAGAACGGCGAUAGGAUGACAGUGAAGUGUGAGGCUGCUUUUUGUUUUUAAAUAUGUCUUCAGGUUACUUUCUUACUGUUGCUUCAGAUCUUCUGUAAAAGGAGAUAUCCCUCUUCUUUUCUGCCCUCCCCCUCUCACCCCACCCUGUCGUGGCUCCUUGCAUAUGAUCACAGGCCUAGACCUGGGCCAGAGAGGGCACCUCGCCUCCAUCAGAGCACGGGGGCCUGCAGGCCUUGAGCUCUGUCAUCAUUAGCAGAACUACCUGUUUUGGAAAACACACAGCAUGGCUGAGACACCAGAAUGUCUCUGCGGAUGACCACUGGCUAACUCUAUCCCUCGCAUGGUCACCGGGCAGUGUCUGCCGGCCUCACAGCACCCCUCAGAACGCUGUGGUGGGCAUUGACAAACCCACCGGUACCAGCUUGGCUGGGCGUGAUUCCCGCGGGCCGGGGGCCUGCUCACCGCCAGCCAGAAAGGCCUAUGUGACGAGCAGCUGGCAGCAAGGGCUUUGCUUACUGCCCAGAACACUUGGGCCUUUUCUGAACCGAGGUCCACAGGUCUCCCUGGGAGACCUCGGCCAGGGUGGUCGGCUGGUCUGGCUGUCCCCGCAGAUAAGAAGCAAGUCAUUCCUAGAGUUACGUGAUCCCCCUUCGACCCAGUUUAUGUCGCCCCCUUAUUUUUACAGAUGCAAACCUACUCUACUCAGGCUUUGGGACGUUCUUCCUUGUCACUCAGUUAAUUAAAAGUGUUGCUGGCGGCAUGCUCCCAACUCACAUUUCUGUCCCCGGGUUCGUGACGGUCACCUCGCCUGUGGCUUUAAUCCGAUGCCACGGAUCGUAGGCCAAAUUUUAAAUCGCGUCUCAACACACCUUCGCCGUGUCCUUUAAUUGGAUUGGAAGCACUUUUACCACGUGGAGAAAUCUAUUUUUAAUUUGUGAUGCUUUUCUACAAGGUCCACUAUUUCCGAGUUUAAUGCGUCUCCAACACUUAGGGAGACUCUAAUGAAAGCUGAUGAAUUUUCUUUUCUGUCCAAAUAAGUAAAAGAAAAAAAAUAAAAGUCUAUUUAGAUGUUGACUCUUUGUUAAUACGUGAGUUUGUUGAAAAGGUCAGGGACAAAAAUCCAGGCUCCUUUUUUAAGUCUUGAUUUCUCAUAUAAUCCCACGUACACGAUCUUGACUGUUCUAGCACCGUGAGCCCGUGAGCAGUUUAGAAGAGGAAUUCAGCUAAAAGUGUUGACUGGUAGACACGUGUACGGAGGCCUGGUCCCCCCCGUGAGUGCUUAGUUGUAUUGCAAGUGCCUCUGCCGUCAGACACGUCGUGCCUGUCUCCCAGCCUGGCGGUCCGCCCUCUCCCGGGCUGUGUGUCAUUCUGAUUCAACACAAGAGGCGCUGCCGUGACCAGUAGCAGGUGACUUCACAUCGCCAAGCGAUUACAGAGUACUUACACCAUCUCAGUGCUCUGAACUCAAGACGGUGGCCACCUGGUUUCUGAGAAAUGACUGAGGGGACGGCAGUUCAGCUGGGCUCUAGCGGAGGCUGUGGCGACCGCACCAGCUCUCAGGUUGAGGGCAGUGUCUCUUCCCUUUCCGGGAGGAGGACAGAGUGACAGGCAGCACAGAUGAGGGAAACCUGCAGGGACCCGGACCUCACCCUUGGAUGGGCUGUGGAGUGACUUGUUGACGUUCACCAGGCACCGUACCUCCCUGGGUCUGAGGGACGGCGGCUCCCCACUGGACGGGCUCAUUGAGAAGCUCGCCAUUACUGGUGACCAGGAAGGGGCCCUGUGCGAGGUUCGCAGGGGAGGGGCGGCCAGCACAGGCCUGGCAGAGGCUGGGAGGCAGGUGGCCUCCCUGCAUCCCGUGGCUGCUGGGACCCCUGUCCGCACAGGUCCUGCCGCUGUGGCAUACCAGUCCCGGUGGGAGGUCUUUGCUAUGGGGUCUAGGAAGGAAGGACAGACGAUGAGCUCCCAACCUGGUUCAAAACAAAGCACCACUGGAGCAUCUAAGCUUCUCCAGAGAACAUCUGUUAGACCGAAUGCAGGUUAACCUGUUUGGUUCCACAGUUUGUGACGUAGUCACAUGACCUCAGCUGUCUCUGGAAGUAGGUAAGAUAAUUCUUAGGAGAAUAUGACUUGGAUGAAUUUCUGAUUGUAUUUGGUGCUUUCUUUCUCCGGGUCUAUAUUCCAGACGCAUCGUCUUUUCUCCCCCGCACUCUGCUUCCCCAAAAGUCUCAGAUUUGAACAAUAUCUUAUUUUGGUCACGGGAACAUUACAUGAGUAUUUCAAAACUCAGGUGAGUGACAUAGGAAAACCUUGGUGUCUGGAUCAUUCUGGGUAAAGGUAUCCAGUUUAUUGACUAAAUUAGACAAGGCCUGGCCACCAAAAUCGAAUUAACUCUGCAGCUGUGGCCAACAUGAGAAGGUCGCAGAGCCCGGCCGGAGCGGGGAGGUCCUGGGUCACAGUGUGUGGCCGGGCACCGCUGUCACCCUCCAGAACCCCGCCCUGGCAUCCGCAGCGAGGCGGGUGUGAGGCAGGCUCGCCAUCACCAGUGAGUGAUGCUCCUCCAGCCUGCGGUUAAGGGAAAAAGCAUCCCCCCCCUCCCCCGACAGCAGGUCCUGGAGGUCCAGGAGAGCAACUCAGCGACAGGGUGAUGGGAGAGAGAAAGGGCGUGCCGUCCACCACGAGGCAACCACGGGCGGCCACAGGCAGACAGCCAGGGCCAUGUCCGUGCAGCACAGAGAGCUCCCUGUGCCCCAGCUCUUCUCCUUCCAGGCUCCCUGCUCCCUCCUCCCGUCACCAUCCCCAGCUGGCAGGGGCGUUGGACAGCUUUCCCAGGUAAGCCAGUGGACCUGACAUCAAGGCCACGUUCUCGCCACUGCACACACUGGCUGCCCAGACCCACCGUGAGGGUCGGCAGCUUUAGGCCUGAUUCACGUAAGGCCUUUAUACGGUGCUCUCUCCUGUCUGGGGCUUUACAGAAAAGAGAGAUCAAACCUGUCUUCUGACCUCAAAUACUGCAGACAGUCAAGGUGCACACCCUCCCUGUGUCGUUCUCGCUCACUUGUGUUGCCUUCUUGCCCUGGACCAGGUGGGUGUUUUUUGGCUGAAGGCCUGAUGCAGCCCAACUUGACCUGGUGGUGAGCUGUGGUCUGGGGGGCGUUCAGCCAGAGAAGGGCCCUAGGCUGCAGCUGGCCUCUCCUCACCAGGCAACACGAGGGGAGGGCCGGCCUGGAGCCUCUCCCCAGGUGCCCAGGUGCAUGCCGUCCUGUGGGUGGUGGGCUGGGGUAGGGGGUGCGUCUCCAGAAUGGCCUCAAUCCCUCCUCCUCAGGUGCUGCCCACUGGCCAGCAUGUGUCUGGUGUUGUCCCCAUGUUGGGUAAAGGCUCGUCAACAGUCUUGGGUAUAGAAAGCCAAGGGUACCAGAGGAAAGGGAACCCCCAAAAGAUCACAGCACGGUUCCCAGGAAGUGACCCCAGCCCUGCCCCAGGGACGCCACAGCCCCCUCUGGAAAAGAGCAAUGUCGAAUAGCCCCUGCAUUUCUGUAGCCUUCACUGUCACACCCAAACACCUUCUGUCUG